AUGGAUAAGGGUAAUAUCGGUGUCAAGUCGUGGAGGCGAGCUCGCCUCGGAGACGAACCAAUUUACUGCGCCGCACCGACUCCGUCGAACCCGGACGACAUUAUCUGCCUAGGCUCAGACGAAGAACUUGAUGAUGCCGAAAAGAUUGCAAGGAGACUGAGAUAUGAGGCACAGGCACUGCGAUAUUUACAGGGUAAGCCGGUGCGAGUCCUAUCCGCAUCUCUACACGGACCCUUCGGCAAAGCCUCAGGCUGGAAGAAUCCUUGGCUCCCGAAACAACCUACCACCAAGAAAUCCGUUCUCAAAUCAUCAUCCCGAUAUCCGACCAAACCCAUCCCACCGUUUAAAAAAUACAUCCACAAAGUUUCCGAACGAUCAGGGCAGCAAUAUAGCAGUACGCCUGACACCGACAGCUCUGUGCGUUGCCAUUUACCCAGUCCUGAUAGUAACCGAGGGCUACAAUUAUCCAGCAAUACGUUAGAGACAGAGAAGGAUAGUCGAAUACAGGCUUGGGCAAAGGAGGUAUCAAAGGGCGCCAUCUUAGAGAGAGAUGCUUUCUGGGCACCCGAGGAAGUCCUCCGUGAAGAAAAUGAUGAACCUAAAAAGAAGCGACCUGCCGGGAAAGAAUGGUUAAAGAAAACAUCAAAGCGAAAAAGACUGGGCAGUCCACAAAAUAUAGACAUUAGGUCUACUCCUACGCCGCUACUGCCGACGCAACCACCAGUCCGAAGUACAUCAGUGCCUAUAAAUACACGCUAUCUUGAAAACCCGGGUUACCCAAAGCUCAAGGUCAACCAGAGCUUUGAAUUCGCUACUCCGUCGUCUACCAUUAGCCCGAGCCAUCGGGAAGUUAAGUACGAAAGAGAGAUCAAGGUUCCCAUGCAGGAACGGGGCAUUGGCGAAGAUAAACUGAAGAUCGUGGUUGCCAACGAUGAAGAGGCUCCUGAGAAGGACACCUCGACCAAGGCCACUCUGUUAGAUCCUUCGGAAUCUUUUACACGAGGAGGUCUAUGGGUCUCUAAUUCUUCUCCUCCAGGGGCGGAUAUAACAAUCAAGGACGUUAAGUUGGAGCCUGUUGAAGAUGAUCCCUCACAUUGUCCUUAUCCGUCUCAGACCAUGUUGCCAGGUUCUCAGACAAACGGUUAUGAAGUACCCAGGAUUGGGCCAUUACAACAGAGCCCCUGGGCUAAGGAGAUCUUGGAAUUCGCAAAACCAGAUAAACGAGACUGGUAUUCUACCACGGUUGGAGAGACGACACCCACAAACGCAUUACUUGCUAUAACAACAUCUAAGGAACGUCGGAGCCCCUCGCUUACAACAGAUAUAAAUACGAUGCCCCGUUCUGAAUGCCCACCUAUUUCGCCUACGCCGGCAAUUUCUGAUAAAGAUUCGCUAUUUCCACCCCCUCAGUCUCCCGUGGUAGCUCAUGAAUUAGUCAGUCAGUUCUCAGAGCAUAGAGCUGGUCCUCCUACUACACCUCCUCGAAUGUCUUUACUUCACAUGCGUACCCCUGACCUCGAAAGAUCGAUCAAGCCAUUCUCCUUAUUCAAUACUCCAUCGCCGAAGCGCCAACGGCGAAACUCUAAGCAAUAUUCAUCUACCAACCGUACCGUUGGGAUUCUACUGAACGCCACACAUUCAAAUUCACGGAGUAGCCAGAAGGCGAAGCGGCGAGUGUCAUUCGCUCUGUUGCCAGACGAAGAUGAUGUCGACACUCCACCAGUAUUCAACACCACAAGAGUCACAUCACCCCCACCACAGAUGGUCGUCAAUACUGAAGACGAUGAUAUCGAUAACCAAUUCCAGGGACAUUUUGAGGCCAUGAAGUUACGCGCCAAUAAUAGGAAUGUCCGACUCCGACUACAGCCACGGCUACUCCCGAGCCCCUCCCAGCAAAAGCCUACAAGCCCACAUAUUGGCGCGAUGGCCGAAGCCUUUCGGGAGGCAGACGCAUACUCAGCCUAUGCACGUGAGAGUUUAGUAAAAAACAGGGAGGAGGAUAUAGCUGAUGUAGAGCAAUCACCAUGGCGAAAAGAGAGUCAGGGUAUAGAUCACGUUGCAGACGUUAUGGAGAACCUAGAUGAAUUUAUCAAUGCUUGGGACGUGAACGCCGAACUUCAGAAGGCGAGACAGGAGUCGGGCAGAGAAAGCCUGGACGGGGAAGGCUUCUGGUGA